GAAAAUUACCAAUGGGUCCCCAGAGACAGAACCUGCAACCCUGGCGUGUGCAUUGAACCAGUGGCCUUUUGGUUUGCGCGAGGACACCCAACCAACUGAGCCACACUGGCCAGUGCUCUUCAUUAGUUUUUAAGAACAUAAAAGGAGUCAUUACAAAAUACUUGAGAAUUACUGUGCUAUUUCAUAUACCAUAUAUAAAGUGGUCCUUCUGAAACUAAAAUUCAAAACUAUGUAGGAGGAUCUGGGAACACCUUUGAGGCCCUAGGUAGAGAAAAUAUUUGGUGUCUUAUUAGAAACGUAUCCCUCUGCUUACACAAAUAGGGGAAAUACCAGUAACCAGAAACUAGCUACUUUUUGUGACUGUUUUUGUGCUCUAGUGUGGUGGCUUUUGUUAGACCCUGCUACUCUGGGAAUUUUAAAAUGUGUCCUCUAACCCCUGGUGUGGCUAAUUCCAGUAGUAGUUAGAAGACUUAAAUGCUUGUUUUUCCACACUAGAAAGUCAGUAGAUUAAUAGAGAUUAUCUAUACAUAGAGAAUCAAGCAAUGGCAGUGUUAGCAUGUUAUUUAUAAGUAAAUAUGAAGAUUAAUAACAAUAAAAGGAGAAAGUUGAAGUGGUCAUCUCUGGGGAAGAGUGUGGUCUGGUGUUUUUUACACCAUAAUCCUGAGAGUAUAUUUAAUUUUUAUUUUUGUAUUUUUACAUAUGUAUGCAACCAUGUAACCACAACCCCUAUCAAAGAUAAACACUUUUUGUCUUCUGUCAUCACAGAUUAAUUUUACAUAUUUUUGAACAUGUUCUUAGAAGUCCACAUAAUACUUUUGAGAUUCAUGCAAAUUGUUCAUCUAUCUGUAGCUCCUUUUUAUUUCUGGGUAGUAUUUCAUUGUAUGAAUGUAAGUCUAUUUUCCUGAUGAUGUCCCUUUGGAUUUGUCCAGUUUGGUCGUAACCAUGAAUGAAGCUGCCCUGGACUUAGCUUUUCAUGUCUCUUAGGUUAAUACCUAGGAGUGAGACUGCUGGGUCAUAAUGUAGGUGUUACUUAACUGCAUUAAAAACUGCCAUUUUUCUGAACUGCUUGUACCAACACACUCCCACAGGUAGUGUGUGGUUCCCAUGACUUCACCUCUGCAUCAGCACUUGAUAUUGUUAGUCACUGUGAUAUUAGCAAUCACACCCCACUGUGGUCUUAAUUUUCUAUUUCCCUAAUGAAUGAUGUUGAGUACACUUUCAUGUACUUAUUGGCCAUUCAUAUCUAUUCUUUUGUAAAGUGUGUAAUAAAUUCUUUGUUAAUGUUGGUUUGUCUUAUGACUGAGUUAGAAGAAUUCUUUAUAUAUUCUGAACACCAGUUAUCAAAAAUGUGUAUUGCAAGUCUUUUGCAGUUUAUAGCCUUUACACUUUCUUAAUGAUGUUUUUUGUUGAGCAGAUUAUUUAAAUUUUUAUGAAGUCAACUUUUUCAAUUUUAUUGAAAAAGUUAUCAUUAGUACCUUUUGAGAAAUAUUUGUGAAGAUCAUGAUGCUAUUUUACUUCUGAACUACAACUUUGGGUUUUAAAAAUUAUUUUUUAAUGUAAAAACAGGAACAGCAGAGUUCUGUCUAGUCUGUCACCAGCUGGGAGUCAGGAGCUGUGAGAUGAAGGGCAAAGACGAGUGUUUUGAGAGUCUAGAAGCGCUGAAACUUCUCCGUGUUUGUUCUGAUGUGACGAUUUAAAUGACAGAACCCUAAAAAACAAAUCAGAGCUCAUACCUGGACAGGAAUUUCUGGGGUAGCAUUUGGGGACUGGACGGAAACUUCCUGUGGCCAUCAGCAGGAACGGAAAGGGGAAAUGAAGAUGAAGAGAAGAGGCGCACCUGAGCACUGAGAAUAGAUGGGUGAUUAGGAAAGGUGCUGAAGGAAUAAAAAUGUGGGACCAAAACAACAAAAGUAAAAGACAUUAUUUCACAACCUCCACCCCCGAGAUCCUACUUAGUCUGAAAAGUUAAGAAAUACAAUGGGUAUGUAAAGAAUGAACACUGGUUUCCCAAAGCCUGGUGGUAAAACCGAGGUCAACUACUGAGGCUUACGUCCUGGAUUUAGGGUUAAAAAGGCGAAACUGCAAACGCAGACUUUGUAAACGAGUGCGACUCGUUGAAACAGGAAGUGGUGGAAGAUCCGUGAAGUUAUAGUCAGCGAAUUAUUUUUGAAUUUUAAUAGUAUAAAGUGUACUCUUACUAGGUACCGUCGGGACAUUGUAUACUAUGAACGACGACUAACAGGAAUUCCUCAGGACCGGGUUUGUAUUUGGAAAGGACACCUGACUACAAUGGGCAUCUAACCAGCCCGAAGGGAGCCCAGGGAGCCAGAGUCUCGCGCCUCCAAGUGCGUGCUCGGACCUCUCCUCUCAGGGGCUGCGGGACCCUGCCACGCGCAGGCGCAGGAGGAGCCCGGGGCACCGACCAUAGAGCUUUCAGACCACCAAGGUUCCUAGAGAGCUGCCGGAAGUGCCGUUGGGCAAAGUGCGCUUUGACUGGUGUCCCCCCCGCUGAUGUGGGAGCUGGGACUGGAGAGGCCUGGUCAGGUUGCAGCUUUCGACCCCUUUUCUCCCCGCUCUACCCCCGGGGCUGUCCGCCGCCAUCACCCCCCCCUUCCCCACCCCGGCCGCCCCCAGGACUCGCGAAGUCCCCUUAAAGAAGAGGCCCUCAGAAAGUUCUCUCGUAAGAAGAUAAAGAAGGGAGUGGAAACAAGGCUCCUGAGCUCUUCCAGCCCUACAUGGCUGCAGAAUCAAGAAAGUGUUCAGCCCCAUCCCUACCCAGCCGUGCUCCGGAAGAGGACCUUGUAAUUGUCAAGGUGGAGGAAGAUCAUGGUUGGGACCAGGAAUCUGGUCAACAUGAACACAACCUUCCUGGCCAAGAGCUGUUCCGCCUGCGAUUCAGGAAGCUGUGCUACCAGGAGACCCGAGGACCCCGAGAAGCCCUGAUCCAGCUGCGGGCACUUUGCCACCAGUGGUUGAGGCCAGAUUUGAACAGCAAGGAGCAGAUCCUGGAGCUGCUGGUGCUGGAACAGUUCCUGAGCAUCCUGCCUGCAGAGCUGCAGGCCCUGGUGAAGGAGCAUCUUCUGCAGAGUGGGGAGGAGGUGGUCACACUGUUGGAGGAUCUGGAGAGGCAGAUUGAUAUACUGGGACGACCAGUCCCGGCCCGUGCACACGGACACAGGGUCCCCUGGGAGAAGGUGGUGUGUUCAGAACCUGCACCAGAGCCCCCAGACACCCAGCCCCAGCCUACGGAAACCCAGCACACGGCUCCCGUGCUCCACGGGCCCCGAGACAGAGCCGCAUCCAUAUCUCAGAGUCCCACCCCUUCCCAGGGAGGAAGUCCUGGAGACCAGAUGACAGCACCACUUCUUACAGCAGGGUUCCAGACUUUGGAGAAGAUUGAAGACAUGGCUGUGUCCCUGAUUCGAGAGGAGUGGCUUCUUGAUCCAUCCCAGAAGGAUCUGAGUAGAGACGACAAGCCAGAGAAUUACAGAAAUGUGUUCACCCUUGGUAGUGAGACAAGGAAUGAGAACAGGGAAUUAGCUUCGAAACAGGUAAUAUCUACCGGAGUCCAACUACAUGGAGAGAGAGCUGCCAAAUGCAACGGGGAUGCUGAUGGGAGUCCUGAGCUUGGAGAAGCACAAGACCUGGGCAGACUGGACAGGCCUCGGGGAAACCCCACCCAGGAGAGACGACACAAAUGUGAUGAGUGUGGGAAGAGCUUUGCCCAGAGCUCAGGCCUCGUUCGCCACUGGAGAAUCCACACUGGGGAGAAGCCCUAUCAGUGCAGCGUGUGUGGGAAAGCCUUCAGUUACAGGUCCGCCCUUCUUUCCCAUCAGGACAUCCACAACAAAGUGAAACGCUAUCACUGUAAGGAGUGCGGCAAAGCCUUCAGUCAAAACACAGGCCUGAUCCUGCACCAGAGAAUCCACACUGGGGAGAAGCCAUAUCAGUGCAACCAGUGCGGGAAGGCUUUCAGUCAGAGUGCGGGCCUUAUUCUGCACCAGAGAAUCCACAGUGGGGAGAGACCUUAUGAAUGUAACGAGUGUGGGAAAGCCUUCAGUCAUAGCUCACACCUCAUUGGACAUCAGAGAAUCCACACAGGGGAGAAGCCCUAUGAGUGUGACGAGUGUGGGAAAACUUUCAGGCGGAGCUCACAUCUUAUUGGCCACCAGAGAAGCCACACUGGGGAGAAACCCUACAAAUGCAAUGAGUGUGGGAGAGCCUUCAGUCAGAAGUCAGGCCUUAUUGAGCAUCAGAGAAUCCACACUGGAGAGCGGCCCUAUAAAUGCAAAGAAUGUGGGAAAGCCUUCAACGGGAACACUGGCCUCAUUCAGCAUCUGAGAAUCCACACAGGGGAGAAGCCCUAUCAGUGUAAUGAAUGUGGGAAAGCCUUUAUUCAGAGGUCCAGUCUUAUUCGACACCAGAGAAUCCACAGUGGAGAAAAACCUGAAUCCACAGGAGUUUAGGGGAAAACUUGAAUCAUAGUUUGGGCACUAUUCAACAUUAACCACAUGCAGGUGACUUCUUUCAGUGCAGUAAAAAGGCAGAAAGUGUAUCAUCAUUGUGACCUGAUGCAGGGUCAGUAUCAAUAGUGGUGGCAGUUAGAAUAGCUCUUAAGUAGUUCUUGAGUAACCUUGAUGCAGGUUGAUUAGCUUGACUGUCCUGGAAGGUGUCUGAUGGCCCACUCUACCCUUGAGAUGCUUAAAGAGCAUCACAGUGAGUUGGUUGUAGCUGGAGGCACCUAACUUUGUCUUUUGGGUGAGUAGCUGUAGAUUUGAGCAAGGCUUCUCCUGGCUCUUCUGCUUCUCCCCCCCCACCCGCAACCCCUCCCAAGUUAUUCCCCUGGAGGCACCCAUGUGCUCCUUGUCUACCCAGGAGGCUGCUUUACGGUUCAAAGCAGCCUCUGUGUGACAUAGAUUUGUAUUUAGCUUUCUAAAAUCCUAGUUCUAGGGAAAUUUUUACAGACACAAUGUAUUAAUGCUACGUGUACAUUUUAUUCUGAUGUUCCUGGUGGUCCAUAGAAACUCAUAUUCCCAUGCAGACUCAGAAUAGCACUCCAGCAUUUUUCUUCCAUCACCUCCACUGACACCUCUGAAUAAAGGCUCCACUGACUCCACGGAGUCAUUGCAAACCCCACAUGACCCUGUCCAGCCCCAGGCCCCAUGGGGGUUGUGGGACUCUGCAGAGGAAGGUGAGUGUGGACAGCCCAGCUGUUCUUGAGUGUGGGUGAUGGUCCCUUGUGGUGACAUCUGGCUCUUUCUGCCUCCACACUACGCUCUGGUACAGGUGGAUGUUUUCCACCAUCCUAGUUAGGAUGUCACGUGGGAGGAGACAGGCUUGACGAAGACGUACUAGUCUUGACCCAGAAUGUGCACUCGCCCCUCUGGUCUCUGCUAGCACACUCCUGCAAGGUUCUUGACUAGAUGUCAUCACCCUGGACCCCCUUUUCAGCUGGCCAGCACCCCCCUCUUUCUCCAUCCACUUCUUGCCGUGAGCUUCUGUGUCACAGUAGUGACCUCUCACAUCCCACCUGCAAUCCAUCAAACACAACAUUUAACUUGUUGCUGGGACUGUCUUUCAUCUCAGAAUCUGGUUUAACGUAGCAUCAAGGCUCACACGUCCACACCGGCGUCAUCCUUUCAGUUGGGCAGUGGUUACUCCAGUGGUGCUAUCGUUGCAGUGACCACUGCUGCAGAUACCACACAUUUGAUAAACCACACAGGAAUACUCUACUUUAGAAUCACAUGUCGUUUUUGACUGUUCGAUUACCCACUUACCAGAUUUGGAAUCGAGUAACUUUCGGUGAUUCCAAAGUUGUCUUUCAUACUGGGAAUCAAUUCCAUUAGUCCUACUCAGAAAAAGAAGAUACAAGUCCUGCUGAAAAUUCCAAGAAAAGUUAUGUAACUUUGCACUGUGACUAUUCUGAACAGGGGUAACGCUCGUUAUUUUAUGAUUGAUGUUUUAAAAAAUCAGUCAUAAAAUCUUACAUCAUAGAGGUACCCCUUUGGGAUCAAAAAUUCCUUGUAAUAUCAUUUCUCUCCUGCCCUUUGGCUUACCUUCACUGCGAACUCCAAGUUUACCUACACCUAUUUCAUUGAGUUACUGGUCCCUACUGUCCUACUUCCCUUGAACUUUUCAAGACAGUGCUUUCAGUUGUCUUUCUUUUUUUUUUCCAGUACAAAGAGGUUUGUUUUGGUAUGUGUCCUUUAUUUUCUUGUUCUCUCUCGCUCUCCACCCCCCAUACUCCUGUCUCUCUGUCUCUCUUCUAUGGAUUACCAUUCCUGAUUCCCUUGUACUUGAAAUUUCAAGAAACCAGAAACCAAUAAAUCUGGUUGUCUCUAGAUCCUUGUUGUCUGCUUCAGUUGUGCCUUACACUCUGUAAGAGACUAAAAUGAGGCCAGUGCCACCUUUGUGCAACCAUCACCUAGGAUGGAUAUGGGAGAACAUGUGUAGCAUCUGGCAGAAAUUCAGAGAAAAGAAAAUAUGACCAGAGAGAUCAGUGCUAUACUGGGUGAAUGUGGAAAAGGGUGACUCAGCACCUAUAGAAAGGGCCUGGUAGUAAAAGACAGUGGGACGCACCAAGUUCCUUUAUCCUGCAGAUUGUUUUUAUGUUCUUAAUCUGAAGUGAGCAGCUCACCAGUACUUCCUCUGCCUCCAGGGCUCCUCCUUUUAAAUUGACCUUGAAUGACACAGUGGCUAUUCCAGAACUCCACUGCCACCCAACGUAGUCCUGGGAGAUUCCCUCCUUGAAUAAGGUGGCAGCACUAGAAUGUGGUGGUUGAGUCCCCUGUGGAGCCAUGAGCUUCACUCAUGGUUCUGAGGUUCCAGAUAAUCUGGCUGAUGUUUACUGAGCACUUACUGUGCACCAGACCCUACAUGAAGCAUUUCUCAUGCUGUGGUGGAUACUAUGUCCCCUGCUUCAUAGGUGAGAAAACCAAGGCUUAGAGAGAAACAGGUUGACCAAGACCACGUAGCUGGUAAGUGACAGCAGAGAUUCUGGCCUUCACAGCCUGAUUCUCGAGCCUGCAUUCCUGACUGUGGUGCUACCGUAGCUGAUGAACACCCUGCCCCCAGUCAACCAUGUCCAGCCGUGUGUCCUGGAAUAGAAAGGUGGAGGAUAGUGCAAAUCCAUUAAAAUUCCUAGAAGAUUGCCUGAAAAUGCUGUUUUGCUUUACAUCAUUAUUAAAUGGUGAUACUUUGGAUGUUUUGUCGUAGUAGCAAACUAAAAUGUGUAAGUAAAUGUUUCAAAGAGUAACUGGGAGGAUAAAGCAGUAAGUUACAGACUCAUACAUUUCUCUCUGAACUGCCCCAGUGAAAGUAGAAAUACAGGGGGAAUGAAAUAUCCGUGCAGUAGGCCAGACAGAUGGACAGUUAGGUGACAAUGGGAAGUUUAUCCACAGCAUGAAAUGUGGGAAACCUAUUUACUACACAUUUCCAACGACCAUUCUGUUUUUCUUCUAGCAUUUGUGAUUUUUCAAAUAUGUCAACCAUUGUUCAACUCAUUUCCUCAAUAGUCUAUUCUUAAAACUUAACUGGCUUUAUACUUGGCACUCCACUGAAAUGUCCUCAGACUCAACAGUGGAUAAAUAUUGUGUCUUGUCUUUGUUCUUGUCCUAACCUAUAUUGCAUACUGUUGAAUUUACCCUGUAUCUCAGGAAUUCUCUUCUUUGGCUUGUGGGACCCUUUUUGGUCAUUUUUCUCAAUUUCUAACUAUUGGGGUUUUUUCCUCCUACUCUUCACCAAGCAUAGUCACUAUUUUUCUGUCCUCGCCCUUGUUUAUCCAUUUUGAUUGUCAGUAACAAUAUUUACCACCAUCUCUCUGCAUACCUUGGUAUUUGAAAACGGAACUCAUCAUUCUUGUCCCCUAAAUACCAUUUUCCUUUUAAACAGGUAUUGUUGCUUAAUUUCUUUACCCUAAACAGACUUACUACCCUUUAUGUUUCUUAUCCCAAUCUUGGAGUUUUCUUAUUCUGGUCUCCACUCUUCAUGUCCAAAAUCUUGGUAAGUUGUUCCAAUUCUUAGUUUUUUCCUUGAGGCUGAUGUUUACAUUUCUGCUGUCCCCUCAUAGCACCCGUUCAGAUCCAAAUUUGGGGCCCAGGUUAUCGUAAUUCCAGUGCCCUUGCUCGGAAGAGCCUCAUCUUGUAGACAUUUAAGAUGAUCUUCUCUAACUCCAUUUGCAUGAUGUCUCACUUUCACUCAAGAACACCCAGUACAUAGUUCCUGUCAGAGCAGUGAUGUUCCAAGUGCUCCAUUACCUGCCCUCCACGCUCAGUCUCCUGCAGCCUCUUCUCCGGCAUAUUCUCCUACAUCAUCACAGGAUACUUCCUGUGGCCUUCACUGCUGUCUUACAAGCCCUUGACCUUACCUCUGUGCCUUUCUUAUACUAUUUCUUUUUGCUUAGAUUGCUCUUUGGCUCCAGCUCAUGUUCAUCACUUCCUUCAAAGUAUGGUUUCCUUUAUGUCUUCUGAGUGAGCCCACCCUGACUGACUGCACCCACGCUGAGACACCCCCUUCUGUGCUGCCUCAGCACUGAACCUUCAAGUUUGUACUAUGGUCCGUGCACUUACUAAUACGUAGCUUUGUAAUUAUUUUCUAGCACUCUAUUGUAGUUUCACAUUUGUAUUUAUUUCUAAAAUUAAAUUGUAAGCUCCUUGAGGGCAGGAAUAAUUUUACAUUUGUAUCUCUCCACCCCUAGUGCCUAGUAUGGUGCUGAGCACACAGUAGGUGUUUAAUAAAUGCUUGUCAAGUUAUUGUGUGGAUUA